UGGCUUUAAAGUUACCGUUAACGCUAUCAUUUUAAAUAGUUGGAACACCGUCCGCUUAUUGUGUGUUAUUUUGAAGGUUAUGACAGGAAAUGUGGUGCUGUAUUCUCUCUAGCUUGUGAAGCUUCCAAAGCACACUGUGCUAGGACUGUGCUACUGCUGCCUCCUGCUGCCUCCUAUCAGUGGUGGACUGCCUCUUCAGCUACUACUACUGCUGCUGCUGCUGCAAGGGAGUGUGUCGCACAUUUCCCUUAUAUCAGGCGUUUGUCAGCACCUGGUUGCCUUUGGACAAGGACGGUGAGACGUCCAGCUUUGACUGUAAGAACGAAUGUGCCCGAGAGUCUGACACAAGUCUGUUCAAUGGCUACCUCAGGCCCCACCUCUUCUGCUUCCAUCACUGCCACUGUGCCUGAGGGUUUCCAUUAUGAAACCAAGUACAUUGUGCUUAACUAUCUGGGAAUGCUGCCUGUUAGUAGAUCACAAGCACUAACAACAGCUCAAGGGAGAGAAACAUCUGACUUGGAACGACAUGCCCGGAACGAGAAAGAAAGGAGCACAAUAAUAAAAGCACAUGAGGAAGAGAUGAGGAAACUGGACGAUGAAAUUGCUGAUUCCUUUUCCACAACAGGCUUCGACCGGCAAACGUCGCUGGUGUUUAAUCCAGUCGCCCCAGAGACCUCGAUUGAAGACUGCCUUGCUACAAUGGGAGACCGGCUGGCCGUGGGCCUUGACACACACUUGGCAGCAGCCGUGUACACGCUCCUUGCAGGACCUCUGGACUACCAGAGUUUCAGAGAUGUAACACAGGAUCUCUCAGCACAUGCACAGGCAGGCUGGAGCAAUGUGCUAGUACCUUUGGUGCUGCUUCAGGCUCUACAAAGUGAGGGCGAGUCACUGACAACUCUGUUGCGGCUGGGGGUGCGCUACCUAGAAGAGGAAAAAGCUAGCUACAUCAUCCAGCAAGGGGGAUGGGGUGAAAUAUUCAGCCUUGAGUCAGAGGAGGAGCGUGGUGUGACCAUUGCUGAAGACAGCAACGACAUUUACAUCCUCCCUGACCAGCUCAGCCCCCCGUCCUCCCUGCUCUGCACUGGAGACAACAGCAGUGAGCAGAGUUCCUGGCAGACAGAAAGCUUACCCGUGUCGCUGGCCGGCCACGAGUCUUGGGCACAGGUUGGUGCGAUGGACCCCGAAGACGUCAAGAGCCUGGACAGCAAUGAGGGCGUGGCUCUAGCUGAGGAGCGCAGCGAAAACAACUCCUCAAACUCGGACAUUGUCCACGUUGAGCGCGAAGAUGCUGAGCUGCUGGAGGAAGGAGGGGAAGUCGGAGGAAUAGACGAAAGCAUGAUGAGUGUUUUAGGCUCAGAGAGUGAGCUAGCCGAGCUUAGGGAAGAAUUCAGGGACCAGUCUCCACCUGUUCCAGUGUCAGCUGAGGCAGCCCCGGCCUCCCUGCUUUCACUAGAGGAACCAGUUGUAAUAGAGAAGCCUGCAAGCUUGUCGGCAGAGCCUUCCCACCUCUCCUUAGAACCAGAGCUGCCUCCCCCGGUCCCUGAAGCUGCUGCUCCCCCUCCUUCUGAACCAGAACCUGCAGCACGUGCAUCUGUUCCUGCAGUUGAACCAGAGUCUGAGCCAGAACCAGCUGCCCCCACCGCCCCAGUGCCUGCUGAGGUGGCACCACCACCUCUAGCCGUGGAAACCCCGGCAGAACCAGCAGAUCCUGAACCCACCUCAGAACCAGCUCCUGAACCAGAACAGGAGCCGGAGCCCGUCACCGUGCCUCCCGAGCCAGAGACUGUGGCAGAGCCAGAGGCCCUGUCUGCUGCCCCCCUUGUGCUAGAGGCUGCAGUGGCCCCUGUAGAACCCCAGCCCGAGGAGCCCCCAGUGCAGCCGAAGCCGGAACCAGAGCUCCCAAUGCUGCUUUAUGGAGGUGCUGCACUGGUGGUCCUCGCUGCUGUAAUGGCAUACGGUGCCGUAAACUACAGGAGGCAUUAAAAAAAUGGUCUCAGGGGAGAAUGCAAAUUACAAGAGGUUAAGGUAGGAAUAAAUGUAUUGUUUUGGAUUUAUUAAACAGCUGUUUUUUGUUUUUAUUUGCAAUGCUUCUGAAGGUUUCAAAUCAGUGAACCCCCCCUCAGCAAACCCAAAUCUCACCUCGGCACACCCACAACCUUACUGCUGGGAGUCCUGGCUGCCCCACUGCACCAGGAGCAAACACAGAAAGGCGAUAACAAUGCACUCCACUGUUCUCCUUAGCUUUGAUUUUGCUCUCUUACCUUUUGGAUUAACUCACACUUUUGUGUUGAAAUUCUCAAGACUCCAGUUCUUUAUCUCCUAGAUUGGAAAUACUUUCAUCCUUCUUCUUCUAGUUUUGCUUUCCGUUGUGUCUGUGGCUCACCGUUAAUAGUUUGUACCAUUUGAGUGACCUUAUCUACAUGCAACAUUUUGCUGAGCAAGUAAACCUCAUAGCCCACUCUACUGCUGCUGUGGGUUUUCUGGCUUUCUCUCUUUGUAUGCAGCAAAGUGGCAUUUACUUAUUUCCCCUCUAAUUGUGAUGAAUUAAUCUGAUUCUUUCCCUGAAUAGCAAACCAAAUGUAUGAUGCUGGAAUGGG